AGUUGCCAAAGUUCACUUUCGAGAUGCUUGCUAAAGCAACAAACUGGUUCCACGAAGAUAAUCUUCUUGGAAGGGGUGGUUUUGGUCCUGUUUACAAGGGAAUUCUGGCAAACGGGAAAGAAAUUGCUGUAAAGAGACUAUCAGCAGACUCCGGACAAGGAAUGCAAGAAUUCAUGAAUGAAGUGAUUCUGAUUUCUAAACUCCAACACAGGAAUCUUGUCAAACUGCUGGGAGGUUGUGUUGACAAAGAGGAGAAGAUUCUGAUAUAUGAAUACAUGCCAAACAAAAGCUUGGAUGCUUGUCUCUUUGCAAAGAAGUUGUUAGAUUGGAAUAUGCGUUACAACAUUAUCGAAGGCAUUGCGCGAGGCAUCCUUUACCUUCACAGAGACUCAAGACUAAGGAUCAUUCACAGAGACCUAAAGCCAAGUAAUGUUCUGCUAGACAAGGACUGGAAUCCAAAAAUCUCAGAUUUUGGGAUGGCAAGAAUAUUCGGAGGCAAUGAAGAUCAUGGAAGUACUACAAGAGUCGUGGGAACAUACGGAUAUAUGGCGCCAGAAUAUGGAAUGGAAGGCAGAUUUUCUGAAAAAUCUGAUGUAUACAGCUUCGGAGUGCUGAUAUUGGAGAUUGCUUGGAAAAUGUGGAGUGAGGGUAACGGUUUGAGUUUCGUGGAGGAAAGCAUCGCAAACGGGGAGAACGAGGAAGAGAUGGUUCGAUGCAUUCAGAUAGGGCUACUUUGUGUGCAAGAAAAACCCAAGGAUAGACCUUCCAUUGAAGUCGUUCUGUCGAUGCUGAGUCGUGAUAUCGUGGAGCUGGCAAUGCCGAACCAGCCAGCGUUUUCGGAAAAUGGUUCGACAACAGGCCCUAGUGGAUCAACAUACCAAAAUGUCUUCUCCAAAAAUGACACCAUUUCAACCGGUGUAGUGAUCAAAGAUCCACAAUCCAUCACAUCCCAAAAACAGAUAUUCAAACUAGGAUUCUUCACACCUCCAAACACCACCAACCGCUACUUAGGCAUCUCCUUCACCUUCUCCCAAGAAACCGUGGUUUGGGUUGCCAACAGAGACACACCCCUCACUGAUUCUUCGGGCUCCGUUACUCUCUCCCGAGACGGAAAUAUCGUCGUCUUGGACGGGACUACUAAUCAAACCGUCUGGUCCACCAACAUCACCACCACCACCUCUCCCGUCAUAAACUCAACCGCCCAACUCCUCGACACUGGCAAUCUCGUCUUGCGGGAAGAGGACACGGGAGACGUAUUAUGGGAGUCGUUCUCGGAGCCUACGGAUGUGAUUGUGCCAGGCAUGACGCUGAGCCAGAACGUCAAGACAGGGAAGAUGGUGGCGCUGUCGGCGUGGAAAAACGCCUCUGAUCCCCAGCUAGGGAGGUUCACCGCCGGCCUAGACGCAUUUAGCAUCCCGCAGCUUGCCACCUGGGAUGAGGGGAGGCCACACUGGAGGAGCGGGCCGUGGAAUGGCCUCAUCUUUCUCGGGAUAAAGGAGAUGUUCUAUGCCUACUUGGAUGGUUUCACUCAAGUGACUAAUGACAGCGCGGGAAAUUUCUUCUACUCAAAGCCGCAGGAGAAUGUGUACAUAACGGCCAGCGUGAACUCAACGGGGCAUGUGCUUAGGAAGGUGUGGGAUGGGGUGGCGAAGAGAUGGAACGUGGAAUGGACCGCUCCUGAAAAUGAAUGCGAUGUUUAUGGAAAGUGUGGGGCGUUUGGUAGCUGUAAUGUCGUGAAAUCUCCUAUUUGCACUUGUUUGAGAGGAUUUGAACCAGGAAAUGAGGAUGAAUGGAGGAGAGGGAAUUGGACUAAUGGUUGUAGGAGGAGGAAGCAGUUGCAAUGUGGAGGAGAUGGAUUUGAGAGGCUGCGGUAUAUGAAGGUUCCUGACUUUGCUAAGCCCUUGCCUUCUAGGGUUCAAGACGAGUGUCGAACCACAUGUCUAAGAAACUGCUCCUGUAUAGCUUAUGCUUAUGAUGGUAACAUUGGUUGUAUGUUUUGGAGUGAUACCUUGAUUGACACUCAGGACUUUGGUAGUGUUGGUGUUGACCUCUACAUUCGCCUCUCUGCUUCUGAAUUUGAUGGUCACAAGGAGAGAAAGUUGUACAUCAUAAUUGGAGUAGCUGUGGGUUUUGUUUGCAUAUCUAUUCUGAUGUUUAUUGCUUGGUGGUUUAUAGUGAAAAGGAAAGGGAGCCAAGCGCAAGAUUCGAUUAUUUUGGAAGCAGGACAGAUGUUCACGACGGAUUCAACUGCAAUCGUACUUAGAAAUGAAUCAAAUGAAGUUAAUAUUGGUGAGUUGCCAAAGUUCACUUUUAAGAUGCUUGCUAAAGCAACAAACCAGUUCCAUGAAGAUAAUCUUCUUGGAAGGGGUGGUUUCGGUCCUGUUUACAAGGGAGUUCUGGCAAACGGGAAAGAAAUCGCUGUAAAGAGACUAUCAGCAGACUCCGGACAAGGAAUGCAAGAAUUCAUGAAUGAAGUAAUUGUGAUAUCCAAACUCCAACACAAGAAUCUUGUCAAACUGCUGGGAGGCUGUGUUGAGAAAGAAGAGAAGAUUCUGAUAUACGAAUACAUGCCAAACAAAAGCUUAGAUGCUUGUCUCUUCGGUCCUAUAAAUCCAACAAAGAAGUUGUUAGAUUGGAAUAUGCGUUCCAGCAUUAUCGAGGGCAUUGCACGAGGCAUCCUUUACCUUCACAGAGACUCAAGACUAAGGAUCAUUCACAGAGACCUUAAGCCAAGUAAUGUUCUGCUAGACCAAGAUUGGAAUCCAAAAAUCUCGGAUUUUGGGAUGGCAAGAAUAUUCGGAGGCAAUGAAGAGCAUGGAAAUACUGCAAGAGUCGUGGGAACGUACGGAUACAUGGCGCCAGAAUACGGAAUGGGAGGCAGAUUUUCUGAAAAAUCGGAUUUAUACAGCUUCGGAGUGCUGAUAUUGGAGAUUAUAAAAGGAAAAAAGAAUACACACUAUUUCAAUGAUGAAUUGUCCUUGAGGCUUAUUGGAUAUGCGUGGAAAAUGUGGAAUGAGGGUAACGGUUUGAGUUUCGUGGAGGAAAGCAUCGCAAAUAGGGAGACGGAGGAAGAGAUAAUUCGAUGCAUUCAGAUUGGGCUACUUUGUGUCCAAGAAAAUCCCAAGGAUAGACCUUCCGUUGAAAUCGUUCUGUCGAUGCUGAGUGGUGAUAUCGUGGAGCUACCAGUGCCGAACCAGCCAGCGUUUUCGGAAAAUGGUUCGACAACAGGCCCUAGUGGAUCAACACACCAAAAUGUCUUCUCCAGUAAUGAACUCACUCUUAGUGUGCUUGAUGGAAGAUGAAUCUAUUCUAGACUAUCAUUAAAUUAUCCUCUCUA